CGCCGCGCAACCGCCGCCGAUGAACAACUCCGGCAGGGGGGCAGGCGAGCCGCGCCCGCCGGAGCCGCCGCGGGACCCGCUCGAGUUCCUGUCGCGGUCGUGGAGCGCGUCCGGCGCCGUCGACGUCUCCCGCGCGCUCGCCGCCGUCCCCGCGCCGCUGCCGCCGCCGGCGGCGGCGGCAGUCAUCGCCGAGGACGUGUCCGGGGAGCUCGACGACGGCGCCGCCUCCGGGAGCUCCUUCUCCUUCGCCUCCGCGGCCACCUCGCAGCUCAUCAUGGACAGGAUCAUGUCGCAAUCGCAAGAAGUGUCGCCGCUGACCUCCGGCCGCCUCUCCCACAGCAGCGGCCCUCUCAACGGCGGCGGCGGCUCGCUCUCCGACAGCCCGCCGGUCUCGCCGGAUGUCGAUGACAGCAAGUUUUGCAGAGCGGUGAGCACGCCGAAGCCGCAGCCGUACCGCGGCGGCGGCGGCGGCGGGGGGAAGACGGUGGGGCGGUGGCUGAAGGACAGGAAGGAGAAGAAGAAGGAGGAGACAAGGGCGCACAACGCGCAGGUGCACGCCGCCGUGUCGGUGGCGGCCGUGGCGGCCGCGGUUGCCGCCGUGGCAGCGGCCACCGCCGCCGCGGCGUCCGGCAGCGGCAGGGACGACCGCGCCGCGCGCACCGACAUGGCCGUGGCGUCCGCGGCGACGCUGGUGGCCGCGCAGUGCGUGGAGGCCGCCGAGUCCAUGGGCGCCGAGCGCGACCACCUCGCCGCCGCCGUCGGCUCCGCCGUCAACGUCAGGACCCCCGGCGACAUCGUCACCAUCACCGCCGCCGCCGCCACCGCGUUGAGAGGCGCGGCGACGCUGAAGGCGAGGGCGCUGAAGGACGUGUGGAACGUGGCCGCGGUGAUCCCCGUCGAGAAGAACGCCAUCACCGGCGGCAACGGCCACCACCACCACCACAAGCACAACUCCCAGAAGCGGCAGCACCACCACCACCAUGGCGGCAGCAACACGAGCAGCAGCGUCAGCGACGACCUCGCCGUCGACGACGACACCAACAACUUCCUCAGUAUCUGCAGCCAGGAGCUCCUCGCCCGCGGCACCGAGCUCCUCAAGCGCACCCGCAAGGGAGCUUUGCAUUGGAAGGUGGUUUCAGUCUACAUCCACCGAACGGGCGCGGUGAUGCUCAAGAUGAAGAGCCGGCACGUCGCGGGGACGAUCACCAAGAAGAAGAAGAACGUGGUGGUGGACGUGUGCAGGGACGUGGCGGCGUGGCCGGGGCGGCACCUGCUGGAAGGAGGCGAGCACCGGCGAUACUUCGGCCUCCGGACGGCGGAGCACCGGGUGAUCGAGUUCGAGUGCAGCAGCCAGAGGGAGUACGACAUGUGGACCAAGGGCGUCGCGCGCCUCCUCGCCGCCGUCGCCGACGGCCGGAAGCGCUUCGCCUGACACCGCGCCGCCGCCAGCCUCGGCUUUUGCGUCCAAAAGCUACUGUGAUCAUCUGGGUGAGUGACUUGAGUGACAAGAGCAGCAAGAUCAUGUUACUGAACCUCACAUUCAGAGAUGGUUUGUAGAGAUGUGGUGUUUGACCUUCUUCUUCUUCUUCUUCUUCUUCUUCUUUGUUGUAAUUUUAACUUGGGGGUGCCAAUGGCAAUACAGACAGACAGACAAGGAUCUGGAUUUGUAAUGUGCUGUGUCUGCAGGGGAAUCACAAGUGCUUUCGUUCGUUCUCUGGAGCGGUUUCAUCGAUAACUAUGAUCCCGAUUCGAUUACGGCCAGAAACCGAUGAAAUCCAGACAAACUCUGCUGAAAAUAUUUGAAUUUCAGUUCUUUUGUUCCUUUUAACUUGACUGGUUUGUCAGGCGAUUCCUUGAUUUGUAUUGCACU